UGGUCUCUGGCGCGCAGUGAUGAGGUAACAACAGCGCCGUGUAAAUGUAUCCUAGCAACUUUUCCGGAGCGUCUUUCAUGGCGUCGCCGUUGCGUUUUGUUUCAGUAGAUCUGAGCACGAGUGACUUAAAAUAUCGUAUAUGAUCAAACUUGUUGUCAUAUUGUGUUGAAGACAAAUAGAAAAUGCCUCCGAAAAGGAGAGGACCACUUCAGACGGUCCAACGAGAGACGGAUGACAUCAAGAGAAAGGUGGAUGCUUUGGUGCAGCAGGCUGCCAAACCAGACGCGUCAGAUAGGACUGAGACAUUUGAGAGGUGCAAAGAGUUACAGCGCGCAGUGGAGGAAAUUAUGAAUACUCUGAAGAAAUUAUCUAAAGCAGAUGAGCCGGCUCCAGUGGGGAACUAUGACCAGUGUAAGAGGGACGAGGAGAAGCGUUUGUUGACUUUACAUGAGCGUCUACAGUCUCUAGCUUUUCAGCUGCAGCCUCAGGAUGAUGAGAUGGCCGGACCUAGUUCUUCCCAGACAGAACAGGAGAGCGAUGAGGAAAAUAGUGAUGAAAAAGAUGAGAGCUCUGAGGAUGAAGAUGCAGAUGAAGAAGUGCAUGAUGAUGAUGAUGAUGAUGAUGAUGCUGACAGUCAUGACGAGGAUACAGAAAUCGGUCAAACUAGCACAGGACAGGGACCUGUUUCCUAUGUUGCUAUUAGUGCGUUUACAGGAGAAGAAGAAGGGGACCUCAGCAUCCAAAAAGGAGAGGUUUUGAAAGUUCUCUCUAAGAACAAGGAUGGAUGGUGGCUGGCUCAAAACUCAAAUGGUCAAAAGGGCCUGGUGCCUAAAACCUUUCUGAAGAUGUCUUCUCCGCAGGAUAGUGAGAGAGAGAAUGAAGAUGAGGGGGAGAGUGAGGAGGAACCGGAGGAGUCUGACAUAACGUCCAGCAAAACAUCCAACUGGAACACAAUCCGGAAGGCUGUUACUGAGAUAGAUGCUACUGAUGUGCUGUCAGCGAUGGGUGCCAUCCCUCCAGGCUUCAGACCUUCCACUCUCUCCAGACUCCUAGAGGAAGGGACAUCUUACAGAGCAAGUCACUUCAUUCAGCCCAAGCUUAGCCAAUCACAGCUCUCCUUUAAAGAUCUCCAUAUGGACCCAGACACAGGCAAGGUUCACGGGCGCCCGUCUAGAGUGAGUUUAACCCUGACCCUGUGGAGUUGUAGAAUGAUCCCACCCCCCGGGGUCGGGUUGCAGGUGCUCAGCAGGCACGUUCGGCUCUGUGCUUUUAACGGAACCCAGGUUUUGAGUAACAUUCACACAGUCAGAGCCACUUACAACCCCAAGAGCCCAAAGACCUGGAGUUUUUCUCCACGGAUGACUGGGAUGCUUCCCUGUCUACUGGAUGGAGACUGUUUUCUGCGUUGUGACUCUGAAUCUCCUGAUCUUGGAAUUCUGUUUGAAUUGGGUGUAACCUACAUAAGAAAUUCCACAGGAGAGAGAGGAGACCUCAGCUGUGGCUGGGCAUUCCUUAAACUGCUUGAUGAAAGUGGAGCCCCCAUUGCUCUACGGACACAAGAGCUCACUAUUCAUGGUGGCACACCAUUUGAGAGAGACACUGAUAUGGAUACCACAUCUACCAAGAGAGGUUAUCCUACUGGUGUGUUUCAGCAGAUGUUGCUGUCCAGGAAGAUGCCUAAACUUGUUGUUAAGAUCAAAUCAGUAAACACACGCAGCAGACUGCUUCUGAAUCUGCUGCCAGACACUAUAGUAGGAAGUCUGUCCACAGUCCACCUCCUGGCAACAUACAGGCAAAUACUCGCUGAUGCUCUUCUACUGGACAGAGUAACCAUGUGUAAUGCAGAUCUGAUCUGCAGCUCAGUUCUAGCCUCCUUCCCUGAUGUUCUAGAUCAGCCAGACCUGAUGGAUGCGUUUAGGAAAUCAUGGACCGAAUCAGAGAGUAACCUGAGAAGAUCCGAUAAGAGGGAUAUCAAUGUGUUAAAGCAGAUGUUUGUGAGGAUUUAUAUGGGCAGUGUAUUUCAAUUGUUAUACUCUGCGGAGAUGCCCGCUCCCUGCUGGGCGGACGAGGAAGUGGAGUCUCAACGUGCUCGUAUCAUAUACAGCCCUUCCCAAAAAAUCGCAGUAGAAACUAUGCUGUCCUCCCAAUGCUCACAUCAAGCCUUUGACAUCACACAGGUCACCUAUGACCUCAUCAGCAGAGCCCAGCACUGAGUCUAGAGACUGACCUAUCACAUGGUCCUCCAAAAGAUAAGUGUCCAAUGUCAAAGGAAAAUGUUAAAAUUGUAUUUUUUUUUUUGUCAUUUUAAAAUGUAUUUAAAUAUUAAAAAUACAAAUAAAACAGUUUAAUCUUUCA